AUGCCCUCACUGCCCCACAUGUACGCCCUCGUUUUCCCUCCCUGCUUGCCCUCGUUUCCCCACCUUGCACGCCCUCAUUUUCUCCCUUGUACGCCUUAUUUUCCCCCUUUGCACGAUCGCAUUUCCCCCCCUGCUUGCCCUCAAUUCUCCCCUGCUUGCCCUCAAUUCUCCCCUGCUUGCCCUCAAUUCUCCCCUGCUUGCCCUCAAUUCUCCCCUGCUUGCCCUCAAUUCUCCCCUGCUUGCCCUCAAUUCUCCCCUGCUUGCCCUCAUUUCUCCCCUGCUUGCCCUCAAUUCUCCCCUGCUUGCCCUCAUUUCUCCCCUGCUUGCCCUCAAUUCUCCCCUGCUUGCCCUCAAUUCUCCCCUGCUUGCCCUCAAUUCUCCCCUGCUUGCCCUCAAUUCUCCCCUGCUUGCCCUCAAUUCUCCCCUGCUUGCCCUCAUUUCUCCCCUGCUUGCCCUCAAUUCUCCCCUGCUUGCCCUCAAUUCUCCCCUGCUUGCCCUCAAUUCUCCCCUGCUUGCCCUCAAUUCUCCCCUGCUUGCCCUCAAUUCUCCCCUGCUUGCCCUCAAUUCUCCCCUGCUUGCCCUCAUUUCUCCCCUUCUCCUCCUCCCGCCAUGCCUUCUCCCCCUCCCGCCACCCCCUCUCGUCCUCUCGCCAUAGGUUCUCGUCCUCUCACCAUGCCUUCUCCUCCUCCCGCCACCCCCUCUCCUCCUCCCGCCAUGCCUUCUCCUCCUCCUGCCACCCCCUCCUCCUCCUCCCACCAUGCCUUCUCCUCCUCCCGCCACCCCUUCUCCUCCUCCCAACAUGCCUUCUCCUCCUCCUGCCACCCCCUCUCCUCCUCCCUCCCUGCCUCCUCCCCCUCCCGCCGUGCCUUCUCGUCCUCCCCCACUCCUUCUCCUCCUCCCCCUUCCCUCCCUUCUCUCCUUCCCUCCCUUCUCUCCCUUCCCUCCCUUCCCUCCCUUCCCUCCCUUCCCUCCCUUCCCUCCCUUCCCUCCCUUCCCUCCCUUCCCUCCCUUCCCUCCCUUCCCUCCCUUCUCUCCCUUCCCUCCCUUCCCUCCCUUCCCUCCCUUCUUUCCUUUCCCUCCGUUCUCUCCCUUCCCUCCCUUCCCUCCCUUCCCUCCCUUCUCUCCCUUCCCUCCCUUCCCUCCCUUUCCGUCCCUUCCCUCCCUUCUCUCCCUUCCCUCCCUUCUCUCCCUGCCCUCCCUUCCCUCCCUUCCCCCUUCUCUCCCUUCCCUCCCUUCCCUCCCUUCCCUCCCUUCUCUCCUUUCCCUCCAUUCUCUCCCUUCCCUCCCUUCCCUCCCUUCCCUACCUUCUAUCCCUUCCCUCCCUUUCCUCCCUUUCCUCCCUUUCCGUCCCUUCCCUCCUUUCUCUCCCUUCCCUCCCUUCUCUCUCCCCCCUACCUUCUCCUCCAUCCCUCCGGACUGCCCCCAUCAGCGCCAACCCUCUCUGCGCAUCUUUUGUUUCUCCCCCUUUUGUUCUUCACAUCCCGCCUCACCAUCUCGCUACCCCGCCUCCCCAUCUCCCCUUCCUCUCAGUUCCUCUCAUUCUGCCCUUUCGUCCGACCUCUUCAUCCUCACCCCUCCACCCCGCCUCCCCAUCUCCUCAACCCCUCUUCCCUUCCCCUCCCUGCAUCCCCAUCUCCCUGCCCUGCAUACCUCUCUCCCCUUCCUGCUUCCCCAUAUCCACUGCAUGUUUCCCCAUCUCCCCUCCCUGCAUCCCCAUCUCCCCUCCCUGCAUCCCCAUCUCCCCUCCCUGCAUCCCCAUCUCCCCUCCCUGCAUCCCCAUCUCCCCUCCCUGCAUCCCCAUCUCCCCUCCCUGCAUCCUCCCGAAACCCUUCCAAAGCCUGCUUCUCCUUAUUCUCCCCUGCUCCCUCCUGCCUCCCUUCAUUUCCCCCCCUGAUUCCCCUCAUUUCCCCUCCUCACUUCUGUCAUCACAGCCCAUGGUUGAAUCAAAUACUCCCCCUCCCCGACUACCUGCAGGAGAGAUCGGAAGGAAGGGUGGGGAGGAGUGACCUCAAGUCAGGCAGGAACGAUGUGCUAGCAGGGGGGAAAGGAGGGAUGCAGUGGGGGAAAGGAGGGAUGCAGUGGGGGAAAGGAGAGAUGCAGUGGGGGAAAGGAGGAAUGCAGUGGGGAAAAAGGAGGGAUGCAGUGGGGGAAAGGAGGGAUGCAGUAGGGGAAAGGAGGGAUGCAGUGGGGGAAAUGAGGGAUGCAGUGGGGGAAAGGAGGCAAAGCAGCAGCGGAAAGCAGGGGAAUCACGGGGGGGAGAGGGGAUACAAGGGGGGGGGGGAUCGGAGGGAAAGGAGGGAAACAAAGGGGGAAAAGGAGGAAAGUAGGGGGGGGGGGGGGGAGGAGGGGAAGCAAGGGGGGAAAGGAGGAGAAGCAAGGGGGGAAAAGGAGGGGAAGCAAGGGGGGGAAAAGGAGGGAAUGCAGGGGGGGAAAGGAGGGGAAGCAAGGGGGGGAAAAGGAGGGGAAUCAGGGGGGGGGGGGAAGGAGGGGAAGCAAGGGGGGAAAGGAGGAGAAGCAAGGGGGGGAAAGGAGGGGAAGCAAGGGGGGGAAAAGGAGGGAAUGCAGGGGCGGAAAGGAGGGGAAGCAAAGGGGGAAAAGGAGGGAAUGCAGGGGGGGAAAGGAGGGGAAGCAAGGGGGGGAAAGGAGGGGAAGCAGGGGCGGAAAGGAGGGGAAUCAGGGGGGGGGGAAGGAGGGGAAGCAAGGGGGGAAAGGAGGAGAAGCAAGGGGGGGAAAGGAGGGGAAGCAAGGGGGGGGAAAAGGAGGGAAUUCAGGGGCGGAAAGGAGGGGAAGCAGGGGCGGAAAGGAGGGGAAUCAGGGGGGGGGGAAGGAGGGGAAGCAAGGGGGGGAAAAGGAGGGGAAGCAAGGGAGGGGAAAGGAGGGAAUGCAGGGGCGGAAAGGAGGGGAAGCAAAGGGGGAAAAGGAGGGAAUGCAGGGGGGGAAAGAAGGGGAAGCAAGGGGGGGAAAGGAGGGGAAGCAGGGGCGGAAAGGAGGGGAAUCAGGGGGGGGGGAAGGAGGGGAAGCAAGGGGGGAAAGGAGGAGAAGCAAGGGGGGGAAAGGAGGGGAAGCAAGGGGGGGAAAGGAGGGGAAGCAAGGGGGGGAAAGGAGGGGAAGCAGGGGCGGAAAGGAGGGGAAUCAGGGGGGGGGGAAGGAGGGGAAGCAAGGGGGGAAAGGAGGAGAAGCAAGGGGGGGAAAGGAGGGGAAGCAAGGGGGGGGAAAAGGAGGGAAUUCAGGGGCGGAAAGGAGGGGAAGCAGGGGCGGAAAGGAGGGGAAUCAGGGGGGGGGGAAGGAGGGGAAGCAAGGGGGGGAAAAGGAGGGGAAGCAAGGGAGGGGAAAGGAGGGAAUGCAGGGGCGGAAAGGAGGGGAAGCAAAGGGGGAAAAGGAGGGAAUGCAGGGGGGGAAAGGAGGGGAAGCAAGGGGGGGAAAGGAGGGGAAGCAGGGGCGGAAAGGAGGGGAAUCAGGGGGGGGGGAAGGAGGGGAAGCAAGGGGGGAAAGGAGGAGAAGCAAGGGGGGGAAAGGAGGGGAAGCAAGGGGGGGGAAAAGGAGGGAAUUCAGGGGCGGAAAGGAGGGGACAGAGGGGCGCUAAGCGAGUGA